UGUUGGUGCGGCGGGUGGCCGUCGGCUCUUAGGAGAAAUCAAGAUCAAGACGCAAAAAGCCUGUCCUCGACCCGAAACCGAGUGUCAUCACCGAGCGCAAUGUCCAAGGCAGGCAUCUCGAAGAUGCCCUCGGACGGCGCCAGGACGAGGGUCACCGUUGCCCAGCUGGCUCCCCAUCUGGUGUGCACCCUUUGCGGCGGUUACUACGUCGACGCUACCACCAUUGCCGAGUGUCUGCACACGUUUUGUCGUUCGUGUAUUCUGCGCCACCUGCGGACCACUAGGUGCUGUCCAGCGGCGACCUGCGACGUGCUGAUUCACAGGACCAAGGGCGCAACCAGCCUGAGGCCUGACACGACCCUUCAGAGCAUCGUGUACAAAACCGUGCCUGGGCUCUACCGAGAUGAGAUGAGACGACGGCGGCAGUUCUACCUGGAUAAACUCGACGCCGACACUGAUCUUCCAUUGGCCUCGAAGGGAGCCUGGGAGGAAGGUGCGGUGCGAUUUUACAGUCAUGAUGAUUCCAUCGGGGUACGGAUACAGUACGCACCCCAAAGUCCGGAGGACAUUGUGCCUGUAAGGUUCUUACGCUGUCCGGCCAGCCUGCCCCUCAACGUGCUUAGGAAGUUCCUGUACCAAAAAUACCGCUUCUCCGAACGGCUGCAGAUAGAGCUGAUCCACGGCAGGAAGGUGCUACCGCUUGAUGUCACGCUGCUCGAUGUCGCCUACAUCGUGAACUGGACCGGGGAAGCCCCCAUGAAACUAGCAUUCCGGUUGAAAAUCACGGAGCUUGCCCCAAAACGUGCGGCAAGUGACCUGGAGUCGGCAGCAGAUCCUUCUGCGAAAAUCAGACGGCUGGAUCCGUGCCGCACGUCGGCGACGGCACCGAGUUCGGAGGACACUGUUCCUAAGGCUACUGCAGGUCAUACCACGAGAUCGCGCAGUCAUCCAUCGCCCAUCGUGGCGAAUGACCGAAGUCGUGGCAUUUCGAGUUCACGCAGCAGGGCGUCAAAUCCGAAAGCCGGCGCCAAGCAGAGAGCAUCCAGCAUUGCGUGCAGCAUAGUUCAGUCGAAGAGAAGUGACAGGCCAGAUGUUUCGGUCGCUGUAUCCAGCAUGGGGACCAGUCGGGGUUCUGCCGGUGUGGCACCAGGAAAGCGGCCUGGAAGCAAGCCGAUCGAUUCUGCAUCGUUACCCAGCAAAAUGAGAAAGCUAUCAGUUAAUCAAACGACGACCAACAAGCCGAAGUCCCAGACCCACGGCCCCAUUGAGGCUGAUGCACCCAAAACUCUUGUUCCCGUUCACACACUGAACGCCGAACCCAAAGUCGCAACGGUGGUGCUGGCACAGAAACCCGACGGCGCGUCCAAAACCACAACAGUUCCGCCAACCGUUCACGUUGAUGUGAAGCAGAAAGCCCGUUCAAUUGGCAGCAGUUCCGAGCAAAAUGGCGAUAAGAAGCCGAAAACCCCCUCAACUGUACCACACAUGAAACCAGCUGACGAUGAGGCCAAGACUGCUGUUGUCGCUCGUAACAGAGAACCUUUUAAAGGACAGAGCUGCAUUCCGGCCACGGCCAUCCCCAACAUGAAACUGCCGGUGCAGAGAGAGUCCAAGUCGGCACCCCGAGACGGCAUCCUGGUAGACCAAACCUGUCGGAAGGAGAACACCCUUCAACCCAAGACUCAAACGGAGAAACAGCAAGAGCACAACCUGCUGAGAGAAAAAGUCGGGCAAAAAGAACAGGGUACCAUGCGUGGGCAGGUUGAGACAAAGAAGCAUUGCCAGGGGAAGCUCGACGGCAAAGAUGGUGCUCUAGAGGAAGCCAGGGAAUCGGGGCCCCCAUGCGGCGUCACAGAAUCACCAAGCAGGUCCGUGAAUGCAGACGCCUCAACGAAGUUGAAGCUUCCGGUUACAAAGGUCGACUGUUCAGUCCAGACAUUUCCUAUCUACAUGAUCCGAGCCAAGCAAGACCCAGGGAAGCUCUCAAAGACAGUCACUCACGGAACAAACACGCUUCUGUCUUCAUCCUAUCGGGGCCAGGGUCCUCAGGCGUCGCAAUCAAGCAACACAACAGCACUAAACACGUGCAAUCCCGCAGGCUCUCGCCCCAAGACGAACGGUGGCAAACCAUACAAAGCGAUCACCUCUCAGGCGAAGUCUGUUACUAGUCUCUACCGUCCGCCUCCUGCUACCACAAGUCUAUCAUCAAUCAGUUCCGGCUCCAAGGACCCAGAGACGAUUUUCCUGAUCUCGGGUGCGAAGAAGCCCCAGUGCAGCAACAAAAUCAUGUCAAUCGUGGAAUCCCUUACGCAGAGAAGCCUGACAUCUCUAGCACAAAGGGGAGCCGAUGGAAAGCCAAAAGAGCACAAGGGAAACGGCGGGGCUACCCCUUCCCCUCGCACGACUCCGCCGCCGACCUCCAAACCGCCCUCGUCCUCCGCCAGCAGCGGCGGCUCGUUCGUGGCGCCGGCGCCCGUAUCGGCUCAGGCGUCGGGCGCGGCGGCCGGCCGCUCUGUCUCCUCGCCGCUGCACAUCGAGACGGCCACGCUCGGUCUGCGCUACAGCAGCGCUGUGCCGCCGCUGGCCGGCUUGGCGCGCCCGGCGCCGGCCAGCGCACCGGCCGCCGCUCGGCCUGUGUUCCCGGUGCUGCCGCUGCCACAGCGGCCCAAGAGCCAGGGCGUGCGCAGCAUCCCGAACCCGUCGCUGGUGCGGCAGCGAUCGGCCGAGGAGCGUGCCCGCGACAGCAGCAAGAGCUCGCCGACGGCGGGCGCCACGGCGCCGGCCAUGUCGCCGCCCUGCAUCAGGGACAUCCACAGCCUGACACGCCAGCUGCAGGAGGCUGGCACAUCUGUUACCGUGACCGACAAGACCUAGAGGCAGUCGACUACUAAGGAUCAAGCCCAAAGCCCAGAUCGCCGGACCAGUACAGGGUGUGGCGCUAAUAGACGUUGUAGUCAGACGUUAAACACGAACACUACGCCGCGAUGACUGGCCGCGACUUUGCCAGGCUUGUCGGUUGUCACUUGCCACCGGCUGACGUGUUCGUGUUUCAUAUUGCAACACGUUUUACUACUAGAUUUUAUGUUUCGCGCACGUUUUGGUGAGGCUAUCUGGUAAUUGCACGUUUGUAGGGCGUUUUCCGUAACCGCUAUUAUCAAGUUGUGAACAGCACUGUUGAGUGGCGAUUGUCUAUGUAUUUAUUGAGCUGUGCGGUCAAGCCGUUGUGAGCUCCACGGGGAAUAACUACCGCUUGGCCACGUGGCCACGUGGCCUGACCGUGAAGCACGGCACUUGCAGUGAUUGUAAUGAAGUACAAGAUAUUAGCUGUUUGGGGAGACUUCAGGCCCAUUGUUUACUUUGGUUGUCAGAGUGCAUGCUAAUUUACCAAAGGUCUUGUUCUACUGUGCGAGAAAAUGUCCAGCAGGUGAAGUUUACAGCACUUCUACAUGUAUAAGUCCUGGAUGCGUAGGAUCCGCCUUCAAGUUCAGUGCAGGGUCUACUCAUUGAGUAGCUCAGUGCGCAUGAGCGGUAAACGAAAUAUGAAAAU